AUGGCUACUCCUGGUGACCCUUCAGCGAAGAAGAAGAAAGCAGAAGGAGGAGCCAUCCACAUUCCCAAUCCUCACCUUGAGGAGAUAAAAGAGGACGUCUUGUAUCACUUCGCCCUCAGCACUGCUACCCACGAUUUCCCUGCCUUGUUUGGAGAUGUAAAAUUUGUAUGUGUCGGAGGGAGUCCCUCUAGGAUGAAGAACUUCAUCUCCUUCAUUGCGGAGGACCUGGGAAUCAGCACCCCCGGUGGUGAACAUCCCAAUAUUUGUGCCGGAACGGAUCGUUAUGCCAUGUACAAAGUAGGCCCCGUCUUGUCGGUCAGUCAUGGAAUGGGCAUCCCUUCGAUUGCCAUCAUGCUGCACGAACUGAUCAAGCUCCUGCACUACGCCAAGUGCACCAAUGUGAUCGUCGUUCGCAUUGGCACAUCCGGUGGACUAGGUUUGGAGCCCGGCUCUGUAGUGAUCACCCAGCAGUCCGUCGAUGCCGCCUUCAAGCCUCAGCUCGAACAGGUGAUCCUGGGCAAGUCCAUCUUCCGCAGCACAGCCCUGGACAAGGAGCUGGCUGAAGAGCUGUUGGAGUGUGGCAAGGAACUGAACCAGUUCAGCACCGUCGCCGGGAACACCAUGUGCACCCUGGAUUUCUACGAAGGCCAGGCUCGCCUGGAUGGUGCGAUCUGCUCAUACAGCGAAGAAGAGAAACUGCAGUACUUGAAAUCAGCGUAUGAGGCUGGAGUGAGGAACAUUGAGAUGGAAUCUUCUGUUUUUGCAGCCAUGUGCAACCUCUGUGGUCUCAGAGGCGCCGUGGUGUGUGUCACGCUCCUGAACCGGCUGGACGGCGACCAGAUCACCACCCCUCACGAGGUCCUGAAGGAGUACCAGACGAGACCACAGAAGCUGGUGGGACACUUCAUCAAGAAGCGUCUUGGGAAACAGUGACAU